GUCUUCCCACAACAUUCUCUCAAAAAUUUCAUCAGCUCCCCCAUCACCCGGCUUUGGUCGAGUCGCGCCUCUCAUCGACUGAUGGAGAUACGGUAGCACACUCCACCCAAGAUGAGCUCCUCCACUGUUUCAGUGUCGGCAGCGACGCCAACCACGCGGCACUCCUUCCAGCGCCGCGUAGACGAGAUCAAGCCUUCCAAGACUGAUAUCAACUUCGUCAUAAUGGAUUACCUGAUCAACGAAGGGUAUCCGUCGGCAGCGAAGAAGUUUGCCAUGGAGGCUAACAUCCAGCCACCGAUCGAAGAAGAAUCCAUCUUGCCGAGAGUGGAGAUCAGAAAUGCUAUCUACGCCGGCGACAUUGAGAAGGCCAUCCACAAGAUCAAUGACCUCAAUCCUCAAAUUCUCGACCUAGACCCUACCCUCCAUUUCGCCUUACUUCGCCUCCAGCUCAUCGAGCUGAUCCGGAAAUGUAUGACGACACCCGAUGCGGACAUCACCCCCGCACUUACCUUCGCGACUUCUCAACUCGCUCCGCGUGCACCCACAAAUCCUGAGUUCCUAGAAGACCUAGAGCGAACGAUGGCCCUCCUCAUUUUCCCGCCUGAAAACCUAGCUCCGCCACUAGCGGCUCUUUUGGAUCCCGCUCUCCGACAGACCGUGGCAACCCGAGUAAAUGAAGCUAUACUCGGAAGCCAAGGUGCACGACGAGAAGCACGGAUACGCAACCUCGUCAGGCUGCGUGCGUGGGCCGAGAGGAAAGCCCGAGAUGCCGGCAAAGACAUACCCGACAAGCUGGACUUGGGUCUCAAUGCUGACAAGGAAGGUGAUGAUGAAGACGAUGCUAUGAACGGAAAUGGAGAGACCGAUGCUAUGGUUUCGUGAUGCUUUGUAUAACAGGCUUUUCAGCGAUGGCGUAAUGACCGGCGACAGUCACGGCGGGUUUUGGCGAUUGGGACGGAUAGGCUCUGCUUCAGCUUGUGCGUAACAGGCUUGGUUUUGGGCUUUUGGGUGUGCUUUUAUGAUACCUGUUACGAUAAGAAUCGGAUGAAUACAAUAAGCCC